AUGUCGUGGUACAUGUACACCAGUUUAACUGUCAGCAUCACAGCAAUAGCUGGAAAUGGAUUUGUCAUUUGGUUGAUCUUAACAAAAUCUAAGCUCCACAACACCACCAACUGGUUUAUUUUAUCUCUUGCUGUGAGUGAUCUCAUGGUUGGUUUGUUCAUUACACCAUUACACAUUGCGUGUAAAAAGUUAGAAACGUGUGAUGUUUACCUGAAAAGUGUCUUUGAAGAGCUCUUUUUGUACGAGUCAAUCUUUAACUUGUCCGCUAUGACGGUAGAUCGUUAUCUUGCCAUUGUCCAUCCUUUGAAGUAUGCAAGUUACAUGACAACAACUGGCGCUGUGAAAACGAUGGCGAUUUCUUGGGGAAUACCACUUGUGAAUUUUGGCCUUCACUUCUCUUGGCUUUAUGCCGAGCCUGCCACAAGAGCAAAAUGGUUUCGCAUUUUUACCAUUAUGGAAACAAUUGUCAUGGUAGCCAUUCCCUGCAUGUUUCUAAUGAUGGCAAAUAUACAGAUAAUCCGGCUAGCGCGGCUCCACUCAAAACGAGCGAUAGCUCAAUUGCAUGGGAUAAACUUCAAUGAAAUGAGGAACAAUUCCACCGAGCAACCAAACGGGGCACUUUAUGAAGACAAUGAAAGGCAAACAAAUGUAACCGUAGAUUCUCAUCCGUUGUCUAACUAUGAGCCUUCAUCAAGUCUGGAAAUAAGAAGCGAGAGAAGAAGCAAUAAGGAAUUUCGGAGAAUGUUCCAGCGAAGACGAUCGAAGAGAUCUUCCGUUAGAGUAAUAAUUGCAGUGAUAACUAUUUUUCUCUUUUGUUGGUCUUUGUCGCUCUACGCGUCAUUUUGCACGUAUCUCGGCCUGUGCAGCGUAUCCUUGACUCUCGUUAGAGUCACGUGGCUUUUUAUGAUUUUAAACCCUGCGAUAAAUCCCUUGGUGUUAAUCCUAUUCAAAAGUGAUCUACGAGCAGAAUUUGCGACAAGUAUUUGCAUGGUAAGCCUAAAGAGGACUAUAUCCACAAAUUAGGAAAACCCCGAAUCAUGAUAACAUGAAAUAAAAUGGCUACAAUUUUUAAUGUGAUCUUUUUUCAGCUUUGUAAUUAAACCAGGACUCAAAGGCCAAUAGCUAUAA